AUGGCUGAUGAUGUCAUUAACGAGUUAGAGAAGAUGAAGUUGACGACGGAGGAAGAGGAAGUGAUAACAAUAUUGGAUGAAGACCGGAGGGAUGAGAUCGAAAGUUGCGCACUGAGUCUGCUAGGCAAGUUUCUCACAUGUAAACCGUUUAACAAACGGGCUGCUCAGACUACGUUGAGGCGAGCAUGGGGUUUAGAGGAGUCGGUGCAGAUUGUGGAAGUAGGCUCCAACCUCUUCCAGUUUAAGUUUGAUAAGGAAUUUGAUAUGGACCGAGUCUUCAAAGAAGGACCUUGGUCCUUUGAUAACCAAGCACUCAUGUUACGACGAUGGACGCCCGGUAUGACUGCGGCUAAUGUAAAAUUUGAUUCGGUUGCUCUCUGGGUUCAGAUUUGGGGGGCGCCGUUCGACAUGUUCUCUCCUAAGGUUGCAGCUGAAAUUGGGAGUCAUCUGGGGGAGGUGGUGGAGGUUGAGAAGCGACAGAAACUAGAAGCACAGAAUUUUUUCAUGAGGGUUAAGGUUUCAAUCCCAACGUCCAAACCUAUUCGACGGGGCGGAUUUAUUGGUGGUUCGGAUGGGAAAAGGUAUUGGGUUACAUUUAAAUAUGAACGUCUGCCAUUGUUCUGUCAUUUUUGCGGAUUCUUGGGCCACGAUCUAAAGCACUGUGCUGAGUAUUUUGCACAGAGUAAGAAUGGCGGAAGGGUAGGGUGUCAAUAUGGGGAGUGGCUGAAAUCUGCAGGUGGCCGGCCACGUUCACCCUCUAGGACAGGAUCGGCCAAGAACCAGAAUCCCAGCAGUGAAGGGAAGGCUGAGGCGCAGAAUGUGAAUGGUAGCAGUCCAGUGAGGCCGGCGGCGGAAUUAGUGCACCAUGAAGCAAACCCUACAGAGGGUGACCGGCAUGCAAAAGGAAAGGACGUGAAAACAGGGGCAUCUCCGAAUUGCACGGAUCAUGUUUCCGUAACGGAUGUGUCAACUAAGGAACGGCUGAUGCCACAUUUAUUGGCUAAAAAAUUGGAGAUUCCAUCUUCAAAUAAUGAGAGCAUAUCUCAUAUUUCUAGUGAGUCUCACGUGGAAGUAAAGCAGCCAGAACCACUUAAGGGCCACGUGGAUAGCAAGGGACAGGAUGGGCCUCAGGUUACUAAACAAAAGCCCACUUGGACCAGGCUUAAUAGGAUGGAGUGUGGGCCGAAGUUAAGAGAGACAGAAGGAAGUUCAAAAUCAUUGGGAAAAAGGAGAAUCCAGGAUGCAGAAAUUGAAGAAGGGACAGACACAGGCAGCAAGGUGGGGAAACGUGGUAGACUAUCUGAAGAUGUUCAAAUGGAUGAAGCGGCGGGGGUGCAUGAACACCCUUGCCGAGCACAAUGA